GCUGGUCCCUCUCUACUGUGCGGGGGGAAGGUUCGUAGGCGUCUACGCCGCGAGGUUUCCGUCCAAUGAGGACAACUGCCACCCCGGUGGCUCCGCCAACCGGAUACUCGGUUGCGCGCUCAGAACGCCCAUCCUCCCCGUUCCUCGAGCUCCCACCGAUGUUUUUAUUUAUUACAUCUGUGACUGGGUAGGGAAAUACUCCCGACUCGACCGAGAGAGCGUUUGCCACUUUGAGAACGAGCGACGCGCGUUCCUGCGAGUUACCGCCGCAGCCGCUUUCAUCGUUGUCGUCGUUGUGAUCGUUGCCGUCGUCGCGUACGCUGUCACCGUCGACAGCAUCCUCGUCGGCCGUGGUGUACUUAGGUGUGCGUCGCGCGUCACUCGUCGUCGCGUCGCGUCGGUUCGUUCGCGUCCACGUUGGUCGUCGACAAACUCUGUCGCGACAUCCGCGUUGUUCCAGUCACAGCUUCGUUCCGGUGUGCUCGAAUUUCGCGAGUGAAAGAGGCUAGCAGCUACGCGUCCGCUAGGUACAACUCGGAGUUUUUGGGGUGUCGAUCGUUAGGCGAGGGGCAGCUCGGCUGCUCCUCGAGAGUAGCUGCCCGACACGCGGAACACACGGACCAGUCCGCGUCGAGAACGAGCACGAGGUUACGAGUAGAGUGACAGAGUGACACCGGCCGAUUGUCAUGGACAGGGCUGUUGGAGUGGUUGUGCACAGUGAAGUUGUUGUCUGCGCGUGCAUGGCCCAAUCUACUACGUGAGCCGCGCGACAGUUUGGUCCAAGUGUGCAGUGACGUUUGCCUGGCCGAUAUCGUGGAUCGAACGCGACGCGACGCAUCUCGUCGGCUGGUUCCGGCAGCCGAGCGAGAAUCGGAGUAGCGAGUCUAGCAUGCGUUGACUCGUGGCGGCUAGUCGCUCGUUUCCCGUGGUGUCCACGUGGCGCGAGACAACCGAAACCAAACAAUCGAAACACGUAGAAUCGUUUUAGAACGCCGCAGCUCCGACACAACGUCUUCUACUAACGGAUAGACGCGCGCCUUUCGGACACCCCAUGGACCACGGAGCGAUGGAUAGCUCUUCCGACCACAGCAGUCGUGCCAGUCCCGUAACCGGCAGUCCGAAGCAUCCCCACAGCCCAUCGGGUCAACAGAGCAAGCAGCAGCAGCAGCUUCACGGUUCUCAGCAUCAACCGCCGCCGUCGCACCAGCAGCCCCAUCCGCGGGACCAGAUUCGCGAGCAACAAUCGCAACAGCAACACCGCGGCGUUCCCACGCCGGGAUCGCCAACCAGAGGUUCGCCACCUCAAGGACUUCCGUUGAGUCCACCGCCUCUUUCCGCAGGAGGAGCACCCGGUGCACCUCCAGGAAUGGUCCCACGUAUGCCAGGACUACCGCCACCGGGAUUAGGGUUGCUGGGACAGCUCGGCGGCAUGCUCAGCGGCCACCAUGGCUCGCCGCUCGAGCUGAUGGCCGCGCAUCACGCGGUUCUGCCUCCGAGGUCCUACAACAGCCCGCCGCCGAUAAGCACCAGCGAUCCCACCGCGAACGAAUGCAAACUGGUGGACUAUCGCGGUCAGAAAGUAGCCGCGUUCAUCAUCGCCGGGGACACGAUGCUCUGCCUCCCCCAGGCCUUCGAGCUCUUCCUCAAGCACCUCGUCGGAGGUCUGCACACCGUCUACACGAAGCUGAAGAGGCUCGAUAUAGUGCCGUUGGUGUGCAACGUCGAGCAAGUUAGGAUUCUACGGGGACUCGGAGCCAUCCAGCCUGGCGUCAAUCGGUGCAAGCUGCUCAGCUGCAAGGACUUCGACGUGCUCUACAGGGAUUGCACUACAGCCAGCUCCAGGCCAGGAAGACCACCAAAGAGAGCCUCCGUCGGUCUGAGCCUCGCAGCCAGCCACCUGGCCGCGGCUACCGGCCACCACCCCCAGCACUCGUUGAAGAAGCACAGAAUGGACAACGGGGAUUACUACGAGAACGGGCAUUUGGACGUGCCGAGGAUGGAGAAGUCUCCGUUGUUGGCGAACGGCUACAAUCACCCGCCCACGCAUCUCAGUCACAUGCAGUUCAUGCAACUGGGUGGACAUCCUGGCGCGGGACACACCGCCAUCCUGUCGCCGGCUAGUCUGCCUCAUCACCUGCAGGCACAGGCUCAGGCGCGCGCCGAGCAGGGAUUGAAAGUCAACCCGAACAUGUCCAACAUGGAGGCUCUCGCGAGGUCCGGGACGGUUUGGGAGAACUGCCGAGCAGCCUACGAGGAUAUCGUCAAACAUCUCGAAAGGCUCCGCGAGGAGAGAGGAGACGCCGAGAGAGCACUCGCUUUGGACCAAAAACCCAGGGAUCUGAGCUCGCACAAUGGUUCCUCGAACGGUCACAGUCCCGUGCUGAACCUGUCGAAGACGGCGGGAAGCGGAAGCGUGGGCGAGCACUCCGGAAGCGAGGCUGAGGCGUCGCAUCGCUCGCAGGACGACGAGGACGAGGACGAUAACCUGUCCGAGGACCUCGACGACGACAACGAGAAGGACGAAGAUCUGUCGGACGUGCCAGAGAACCUGCCAAUGGCCGCGCCUGGCUCGGAAAGUCCUCAGGCCCUGAACUACUCGCAGAUCGCCUCCGCGGCGGUGGCCGUCUCUCAGGGUGGCCAGGAUCCCUCGGUCUCGAGUACGGAGACCCUGCUCAGGAAUAUCCAGGGUCUGCUCAAGGUCGCGGCCGACAACGCGAGGCAGCAGGAGAGGCAAAUCAACUACGAGAGAGCCGAGCUGAAGAUGGACGUCCUGCGGGAGAGGGAGGUGAAGGACAGCCUCGAGCGGCAGCUCCAGGACGAACAGAAGGUUCGAGUGAUAUACCAGAAGCGAUUGAAGAAGGAGCGGAGAGCAAGGAAGCGUCUGCAGGAGCAGCUGGAUCUGGAGAUCAAGAGGCGCGCGCAGCUGGAGGAGGCGUUGAAGGCGACGGGGGCUUCCUCGGAGCAAGUCAGAGCGAUCACCGAAAACGUAACGGUGGAGGCGCGCACGAGUUCAGAACCACCGGAGUCUAGUCCGGUGCACUCGCAGUCGCAGCAGCAACCCUCGCAGCAGCAGUCGUCCCAGCAACCCCUUCAGCAACAGCAGCAGGCACAACAGUACAGAGAGGCACAGGUGCCGCGCCCUUCCCAGCAACCCUCCACGCCCGAAAAGCCCGCAUGGGGAUACGGCCUGGACCUGAUUGGCAGCCAAGCCUCCGCCUUCUGGCAGAACUACCAAGAAUCGCUGGUGCAGGAACUCGAGCUGGAGAGAAAAUCGCGGCAGCACCAGGCAGCCGAGAGGGACCAAGUGAAGUCUCCUCUUCAAGGUGCGUCCAACUGAACGACCAGGCUAUUCUCGAAUCCCGAACGGGCUACUACAAGAACUCCGUUCUGUUCACGAGCGCGACCUAGAAGAGGCUUGACGAAGGCAGAAGAGGAGCAGAGAGGCCAGCGAGCAGCCAAAACGAGUGACGGCUCGACGGAGAGCGACAGAGAGGACGCGAGGAACCGGAAACGCGGCAAGUUCCGCGGAGAGUUGCGCGAACGGAGGAGAGACGAACAAAAGACUCUCCUAUUCCAGGGAAGGCGAAACGAAACCGCGAAACGAGCCACAAGGGGUGUGUGCGCGACAGAACCGAACUUUCGGUAGUCCGAGUCUCGUACGACGACGCGAGCACAGUUUCAGCGCGAGUGUCAAGGACGACGUUCACAGUCGAAGAAUCGAGUCCUCGUUUAUCGGUCGGUCCACGAGGAUCGACUUGGAGCAACCGAGAAAUCGAACCGUCGAUCGAGUCGGUGGUAACACAUAUCAACGAGGCGGGAACAGCCGUGUCGGGCGUUCCGCUUCCGCGUUCGAUCCGAGAUCGGUUUCCCAAAACUGGAGACGGGCAGUGAUUCGAUUAACAAACGAUGGAAAGUUAAACCUGCGCUGAUAGCAGUUCUCUAGGUUCGCUCGAUCAAAACUUACUUCAUUUCGCGGUGUAAUCAUCGCUCCAUUUAUUUAUUAUUCCAAUCACGAUUCGCAUUUUGACUGAUAUUUGUGUAGCUCCUCUGUUUUAAACGUUUUUAACGAAUGCUUGGAAACUUCACGCUUAUUAUGUACAAGCAUUAAACAACGUUGCAUCUAUUUAUUUUAUUUAACGAAUAAGGCUGUUUGACCUAACUCGACCAUUUAAUUCCACGUGUAUAAAACAUGAAACAUGUUCUUUCAUAUAUUCACGCCUUCUUUCACGGUGGAUUUCAUUCGUUACUCGAGAUUUUCGUUUAGGUAGAAUUUUGCCCGUCUCUGGCCAGGAGGAGACGUCCACCGCGAACACGAGGGUCGGCGAAGGUAUACCGCAGGUCCGAGGGUGCAUCGAGCACCCCCAGCGCGACUUUCGUCUCCAAGUUAGGCGAAACAAUGGACGACAUCCAGCAACCGUGUCGAGAUAUUUCUAAAGACUGCUUGAGAGUGCUUGAGAGUGCGUGCGCGCGUGCAUGCGUUCUUAGAGGUACCUAUCUUCUAAUUAACGAGCGAUUUCAUUAGGUAAUUGUGUUAAGUCUGUAUGUGUACGGACGAUCGGGCGCGCCGCCCCGGUUUCGAGUAUUAUUAUCAUUAUGAUAAACCGUAGGGUCGAUAGUCCAUUUGUUCUUGGUAAAUAAAAUCGGCGAUUUUCCUUGCGCUUUGUCUCCUUAGUCUUAAAACUAAAUUAGAUAACGUUACUCUUGGAGACGUUUCAGUCCUCUAGGAGCAUGGAUACCUAGCAUGGAUGGAGAUCUAUGUUUGCAGAGGAUUAGAGCGUCGCUAAUCGAGCAAUGUUACGAAACAAAUUUGCUUUUAAGAUUAAAAAGACAAAGCACAAAGAAACCUGCUACCGUUAUCGUUAUCGUUAAUAUCAUUUCCCUGGGGGCGGUGUACAACGGGGCGCCUCGAUCGCCGAUCCACGAUCGAGUCUCGCGGGCUCGUCUCUACCCGUUUGCGAGACAAGGGCGUUUCCAUCAGAGGUGGGCAAAACUUUAUUCGAAUAACGAGCGAAAAGAAACUCUGUAUAACGACUCUGUCGAACGCUUAUUCGGAUAAACUGUGAUUUUAACCUCCCCCGAUUCGAUGCAUCAUUUUCGCCCAUAAAAUGACAAACUAGUUCACCUUUUGUUUAUGGAAUUCAAGAUUAUUUAUUCGUACGAUGUUGUCCAUCUCUGAUCUCCAUUUCGCGAGACGCUCGGAGUCUCCGACGACUCGAUCUUCUUGUAUCAUAUAGAGCGAGAGACGCCGAGUGAAUGUGCGCGCAUCGCUGACCGUGAAAAAAAAAAAAAGAAUAACGAGGGAGAGCUUGCCAGGUGAGCGAAGAAUCUGGAGAGAAUCGAAUCGGGAGCGUGUAGACGUAUAGGGGUAGGCAAAAUUGCUUGAAUCGCGAUAGAGGGAGACAAAGGGGGCGAGGAAGCACGGCGACGAGAAGCGUUUGCGAGAAAAUCGGAGAAACAACGGAGGAUCCGUGCGUUUUAAAUCGUAACACCUUAUUUAUAUAAAUAACUUAGUUACUACCGUCGAUAAGUAAGGCUAAAUGCAUAACCGCGUGUGUCCCGGCGUUUGCGUCGCGAUCGACACGGGCGAAACAUUUCCGAAACGGCGCGGCGAGACGUCGUCGUUUGGCGUCGCGGUGAAAAGGAAACCGGUGAUGAGGAGGCGAGGAGUACCGCGUGCAAAUGUUUCGCCGAGUGGGUCGAUCCCCGUAUUUAAGAUCCAUGUACAAAGUCUCUUGCCCGUAAGGUUCUUGUGUUGUAAAGUUCACAUAAUCAUAGUGUCUAGAUCGUGCGUACCGGCUAAAAUGCCCGUUAAGACGACGCUACACGUAGUGAAACGAGAAUUUAACCACCGAUAGCUCAUCCGUAUUUGCCAUCGCCGCCAACCAAUCGAUCGGGGGUCAAUCUCGCGAUGGGGAAUCGACGGGGCCAAGGGAGCACGCGAGAUCUCGAGAUCUAUGUUCCUCGAGCAACCAAGUGAACGGUUUGCUCGAUCUGGCGAUUCUCGAUCGGCGAGUCGGGUUAAUUCGCGCGAAAUAAAAGAAAAGAAAAUAAUGAAACAAAGAAACACGCUGGAUCUGGGGUGGGGUUAACCGGGGUGGGUUGCG